UCAAAAUUGGUUCCAGAUUCAGAUGUGCAACUUUAAAACUCUUUGCACUUUGUUGGAAAGGCAUAUUGUGUGGGACUGUUGUUAUUUUCUCGUCAACACUCAAAUGCUAGAUUUUGACAGACUAGAACUGUGUUCUUGUUGAUCGCAGGUUUCGAUCGCUAUGUUUCAUUGAGUGGAGUCUGUAGCCCAGAGGCCUCUCCCAUCUGCGAUUGAGGAGAGAGGCAGCAACAUCUCUGCAGAUAGUGUGUUUCGCCAGAUUGUGUCUUAGGUCAAACAUCCCAAAACUCUCAAGCAGGACCCAGCUCCACCGGUCGCAUUUUGUUAUUAUUGGAUGCAGGAUAUUAACUAUUUUUCUAGCUGGCUACCUAAAUGGCGUCGGACACAAGUGACACAGAAGAAUUUUAUGAUGCUGCGGAAGACGUCAAUUUGACUCCUUCCCCAAACGUAUCGCCUGCGAAGUUUAUUCUUCCUUCAGCAAAGGAGAACGAGGAGAGGCCAGCAGCUCAGGACGCCACGCCUUCCCUAGCCCCCCAGGAGCCCCGACAUGAUGAUUCCAUCCAGAUCAUUGACAGCAUCAUAGAGGAGAGCCAGAAGGAGAGCACCGCGGAGGAGUCGUUGCUGGCAGAUGAGAGUGCGGCAACUGUAGAGCAGGAUGGGGAGGCGGGGGGCGUGGCUGAGCAGGGUGGUGCUCCCGAAGGCCCAUCCCCUGAACAGCAGCCUGGGCCCGAGGGCACGGAGGAGCUGAGUGGGGCACCCGAUGGGGGGCAGGACCAGGGCGCAGCGGCGCUGCCCCUCUCCGAGACGACAGUGGGUGUGUCCUGCCCCGACGGUGCCGGGCCCCACCCCAGCGCCGCUGGACCCCCAGACAUCACGAGCGCCCUGGUAACGGAGCAGCCCGAGGCGCCUGCCCAGGAGGCCGGGGAUCAGAAACCAGCUGACAUCCUGGUGCAGGUUUCCCUCGCCGAUGGGCUGGCCGAGCAAGACCCCGCCGCCCCCUCUAAGCCCCCCCGCCAAUUCACUGUGGAGCCUGACAUUGUCGCCAGUACCAAGAAGCCCCCGCCCGUGCGGCCUCCACCCCCUGCUGGAGCGCCCCCGCCCCGACCACCUCCCCCUUCUCGCCCCGCACCCCCACCCCGUAAGAAGACCCAGGAGACGCUGCGGCCCUCAGGACUGGAGGUCUCCUCGGAGCCAGCAGAGUCCUCGGGCCUGGUGUCGCCCAGCACCGCGGUUGAGAGCAUCACCAAGGAGCUGCAGCACUCACUUGACCUGGCCAGCGCCACCAGUGGGGACAAAGUGGUAACGGCCCAGGAAAACGGGAAGGCGGCGGACGGACAGAGCACCGCCCCCUGUGGGAGCGAGGCGCCAGGACCGCAGCGACCGCGCUCCAACUCCGGGCGUGAGAUGACAGACGAGGAAAUUCUGGCGAGCGUGAUGAUCAAGAACCUGGACACAGGGGAGGAGAUCCCGCUGAGCCUGGCCGAGGAGAAGCUGCCCACUGGCAUUAACCCGCUCACCCUCCACAUCAUGCGCAGAACCAAAGAAUAUGUCACGAAUGAUGCUGCUCAGUCUGAUGAUGAAGACAAGUCCCAGUCUCACCUGGCUGACACCGAUGGAGGAAAGCUCAAACAGAAAACCACGCAGCUGAAGAAGUUCUUGGGGAAGUCAGUGAAGAGGGCCAAGCACCUAGCAGAGGAGUACGGAGAGAAGGCAGUCAACAAGGUGAAGAGUGUCCGGGACGAGGUGUUUCACACGGACCAGGACGACCCCUCCUCCAGCGAUGACGAGGGCAUGCCAUACACCAGGCCUGUCAAAUUCAAGGCAGCUCACGGCUUCAAGGGCCCCUUCGACUUCGACCAGAUCAGAGUGGUGCAGGACCUGAGCGGGGAGCACAUGGGAGCGGUGUGGACCAUGAAGUUCUCCCACUGCGGGAGGCUGCUGGCCACGGCGGGCCAGGACAACGUGGUGCGCAUCUGGGUCCUGAAGAACGCCUUUGAUUACUUCAACAACAUGAGGAUCAAGUACAACACAGAAGGGCGGGUGUCUCCUUCUCCUUCCCAGGAGAGCCUGAGCUCCUCCAAAUCCGACACAGAUGGCGGGGUGAGCAGCACCCCAGAAGACCUUGACACAGAGGAUAGGAACGUCCCAUUCAGGCAGGUCCCCUUCUGCAAGUACAAGGGGCACACGGCUGACCUCCUCGACCUUUCCUGGUCAAAGAACUACUUCCUGCUGUCAUCGUCGAUGGAUAAGACGGUGCGGCUGUGGCACAUAUCCAGGAGGGAGUGCCUGUGCUGCUUCCAGCAUAUAGACUUUGUGACAGCCAUCGCUUUCCACCCCAGGGACGAUAGGUACUUUCUGAGCGGCUCGUUGGAUGGCAAGCUACGGCUCUGGAACAUUCCAGACAAAAAGGUAGCGCUGUGGAACGAGGUGGACGGCCAGACACGCCUCAUCACCGCCGCCAACUUCUGCCAGAACGGAAAGUACGCCGUCAUCGGGACCUACGAUGGACGCUGCAUCUUCUACGACACUGAGCACCUUAAAUACCACACUCAGAUUCACGUGCGGUCAACGCGGGGCAGGAACCGGGUGGGCCGCAAGAUCACCGGGAUCGAGCCCUUGCCUGGAGAGAAUAAGAUUUUGGUGACCUCCAAUGACUCCAGGAUCCGCCUCUACGACUUGAGGGAUCUGUCCUUGUCCAUGAAGUACAAGGGCUAUGUCAACAGCAGCAGUCAGAUUAAGGCCAGCUUCAGUCACGAUUACUCGUUCAUCGUAAGUGGCUCAGAGGACAAGUACGUGUACAUCUGGAGCACCUACCACGACUUGAGCAAGUUCACGUCAGUACGGCGAGACCGCAAUGACUUCUGGGAAGGGAUUAAAGCCCAUAAUGCGGUUGUCACGUCAGCCGUCUUCGCACCCCACCCUGGUCUCAUCGUCUCGCCUGAAACGGGCAGUGUGGAGAAGUCUGAGGCGGAGUGCAAGAGCUCAGAUUCAACCGACUCCGAGACCAUACCUUCAGGAGCCCUGAAGACCGAUCACACUGAGGUCCUCCUCUCCGCAGACUUCACCGGAGCCAUUAAAGUGUUUGUCAACGUGAAGAAGUAUUAAGCACAACCACAACUGCCGCCUUCACACCCCCCUACCCUACACCCCCCACCCCUCGGACGUGAUGACAGCCGGUGCAGUAGAGUGGCCGUUUGUUCAUUCUGGGAGUGACAGUGGUGUGCAAUUCUGCCAGCGGAGGGCACAGUUCGAUCGGUGAGCAGCCGAUCGGGACUGAGCGGAUUCCCCUUUCCUGUCGCGGACUCUGCGAAGGGCCUGGAGUCCCCGAACGAGAGGGUGAGAGCGUGUGGGAUGGACAGAACACUGACGCUGUGACACAUACGUGACUCUGCCUUUUAAUCCUUUCUGUUUGGUCGUUUUGUUUUAUGUUGAUGGUGGAAGGUGGGAAGAGGAGCAUAUCUUUCACAGGUUUUUCAUGUACCUCGUUAAGCCUACAGGAAGAGACGCAGGGGGCCUGUGUUAAGUGCUACUUUUAUAAGCAUCACCACAGGUCAGGUAAAGUCGGGUCAGACGAUGAAAGAGUGGAGGCAGCAAAUCGGUUCUACACAUAAUAGCCACCCUGCCCAUCCUCUCCCUCUCCAUACAGAACCACCUCUCUUUAUACACUGGCUGACCUGCCAGUGGCUUCCUCUUCCAUGAUGUCAGCCCUGCCUAUAACUCUUCUUUCCCUACAUCAGCCCUGCCCACCUACAGGCCCACCAGUCACCUCCCUUUUUAUACUGUCAGCUCUGCCUUUAACCUUCCUUUAGACACUGGAAGAACUGCCCAUGACCUCCCUUGGCACACCCUCAGCCCCUCCCAUCUCCUCCCUUUCAAUAUAGACCAAUCAAACACCUUUCUCCACACCGUAAGCACUGCCCAUCUCCCCCUUUCCCCAUGGUCAGCAGGAUACCUCAACCGUACUCUCAGUGUCUGUCACUGCAGGCUCAAUAUCCUCAAUCAUCAAUUUUGUGUUAAUUUCUGAGAUUGUUGUAAAAAAACCAUUGAACCAUUGAGAUAUAUAUAUAUAUACAUAUAUAUAUCAUUCAUUGUUGAGUUUGCCCUUCAUCCAGAGUUUUGCCAAAAUACAGCUUGUCACAGCUUGUAAAUAGCAGGUAAAGGAGAAGCCAAUGACGUAACGGUGAAGGAUACUGUGCCUGAAACUCGUUAUCGAUGGUGAAAGAUGUGCCGACUAAGAGAAAAUGUACAAAAAUCCUCAAUAAUAAAAGUUAU